AUGGCGCAUAUGACCAACACCUUGGCGACGGCCGAGCAGCUCUACAAGCGCAAUUCCUUCAGCUCACUACCGGCCGACCUCCAGGAUGUCAUAUUCUAUGCGACGCAGUGCCUAACACAGGCUGCCGGUGUGCUACUCGACCUGCCGCAGUCGACAACGGCACAGGCGAACGUCUUGCUGGCGCGGUACUGGCUCGUCGAGUCGCCAAUGGCAGGAGAAUUCAGCGACGUCUCCGCCGCAGCCCUCUACCUGGUCGCCAAAAUGGGCCCCGUCCCACGCUCAACACGAGACGUCUCAAACGUAUACGCCUACCUCCUCUCCCCAGCCUCCGCCCUCUUCCGCGGCGAGCCACCAGACGACGACCCGAAGAAGCGCCCCCGCCCGGAUCCGACGACGUACUACCAGACAGAAGGCGAGUACGCCGCCUUCCAGACGCGGAUGCUGGCCGCCGAGGCGCGGAUCCUCUGGGCCCUGGGCUUCGACACGGCCGUGGCGCUGCCGCACGCGCUGGCCGUGACGUACCUCCAGGCGCUCGACUUCCUCGGGAAGCCGAGGGCGCAGGUGGCCGGGCGGGUGGUCGCGCACCUCAACACGGCGCUGUUGAGCCCGCAGAUGCUGUAUCUUACGCACCAGCCCAACGCGCUCGCGACGGCGGCAGUAUAUAUCGCCGCCCGGGAGGCUGGGGCUAAGAUGCCCGAGGUGGCGUGGUGGGAGGUUUUCGAUGUCGAGAGGGAGGAGCUCGGGUUCCUUGUCGUGGGGAUGAGGAGUCUUGAGGGGUGGGUUAGAGGGGUCAAAGAGACUGGGAUGCUUGCUGGUGGUAUGAUUACCAGAGUAGGGAUUGAGAGGGAGGCUAGGAGGAGGGCUGGUGAAGGGGAUGAGGAAGACGAGAUUAUGGCGCUUAUGGAUCAGAAAGCGGCAUAG